AUGUGCGAGCGCUGCGAGGCCAGCAAGGCCGUGAUGCGUCGGCCCAAAAACUUACAGAAACUGUGCAAAGAGUGCUUUUUUCAUGUUUUCGAGACAGAAAUCCAUCUCACCAUAGAGAAAGAAAAACUGUUCUAUCCGGGAGAGAAAGUGGCUAUAGGGGCUUCUGGAGGAAAAGAUUCCACGGUUUUGGCUUCAAUACUCAAAACGUUGAACGAAAGAUACAACUAUAGAGUUCAUUUGGUGCUUCUCAGCAUUGAUGAGGGUAUCGUUGGAUACAGAGACGACUCUCUCGCAACAGUGAAGAGAAACCAGCAGCAGUACGAAAUGCCCUUAGAGAUCGUCUCUUACAAAGACUUGUACAAUUGGACGAUGGAUGAGAUUGUGUCAUGUUCAGGAAUGAAGUCGUCGUGCACAUACUGCGGUGUACUAAGACGACAGGCCCUGGAUAGAGGAGCAAUGAAGCUUGGCAUUAAUCAUGUGGUGACGGGCCACAACGCAGACGAUAUGGCAGAAACAGUGCUCAUGAACUUACUUAGGGGAGAUACCGCGCGCUUGGAGAGCUCCACAAACAUCACGACGAAGUCCACAGGAUCGCCGAUCAAGAGAUCGAAACCGUUCAAAUACUGCUACCAAAAGGAAAUCGUUCUCUACGCUCACUAUAAGAAACUCGACUAUUUCAGCACAGAGUGCACCUACGCGCCAGAAGCGUUCAGAGGGACUGCUAGAGUGCUGAUGAAAAAUCUCGAAAGCGUGCGGCCAUCUUGCAUUCUGGAUAUCAUCUACUCGGGAGAGCAUUUCAAAUUGAAGCAGAGGAAGAAAAGGCCCGGACCUCAAAAACCUGCUAUCCAAGGCCAAGAAACUGAGAUCCGCUCGGACGGGUCCGUGUCACUACAAAACGACGGAAAUCGUUGCGAAAAGUGCGGAUAUCUUUCUACCAACAAAAUAUGCAAGGCUUGUUUAUUACUUCAAGGUUUAGAAUCAAGCAGGGCAAAAUUGGCUAUUGCGGCGGAGGCAGUUCCAAAAGUGGAGGAAGAUCAACUUCAGCAUAGAUUACAGCAUCUCUCUUUUUAG